AUGUCUCUGUACUUCAUGUUCACGUACAUCACAACGACCACGGUCCCAUCCUUCCCGACGCUCCAGGAGAAGUAUUCUAUCAAUGCGGAGCAAGUAAACUGGACCGUAGCUAUUCCUGCGCUCGGCCUUUCUGUCGGACCCUUGCUGUGGGCGUCCCUGGCAGACAUCAUCGGUCGGCGACCUAUUCUCAUCCUCGGCACAAUCAUGGCUUUGGCUUCGACAAUUGGAGCCGCCCUAGCCCCGAACUAUUCCGGUUACAUGGCUGCGCGAUUCUUCCAAGGGUUGGGUGUCAGCCCUGCAUCCAACGUUGGUUUGGCCAUCAUCAACGACAUCUUUUUCGAGCAUGAACGCGGCCAGAAGCUGGGACUCUGGGUACUGGCCAUCGAUCAAGGCCUCUUGUUCGGCCCAUUGAUUGGCGGUUUCGUCAAUAUUGCCGGCUACCAGUGGAUUCAAUGGCUCUCUGUUAUCUUAUUCGGCGUGAUUCUUCUCGCCGAAGUCAUAUUUCUCCCCGAAACUCUCUAUCCACGUCACCUCAUGCUAGCAGUAAUGCAUAGUAGCGGACGGCUUACGAAGACAGGCAACGAAAAGCCUUCAACCGCGGAUCCAUCUCAACCGCAAACACACAUCACUGUGCGGAGAACCAAGAACUUGCCAUUUGCGAAUGUGGCCCCGCUCCCAGGGAUCAAGCACCCGAAGCCAUACGACACCAUCAUCCGAUUCUUCAAGACGUUCAGGUACAUUGUUGUAUCCGUUUCCAUCAUGACUUAUUGCUUCGGCUGGUACUGGUGGGUGCUUUCGGUGGUCACUCUGGUACCUACCGCAUACUCGACCUAUCCAACACACAUUCAAGGACUUCUAUACCUUGGCCUCAUCGUCGGCACCUUUGUCUCUGAGGUCUUGUGCUCAGGAAGCCUAAGUGAUUGGAUCGUAAUCAAACUUGCCAAACGUAGCCACAACCAGAAAGCGCCGGAGAUGCGCCUCUGGCUGGCCUAUCCUGCCGUUAUUCUGACCGCCAUCGGUCUGAUUGUCUGGGGUAUUAGCGUUGAUCACGGUUACCACUGGAUAGUCGGCCAGGUGGCCCUUGCUCUUUGUAAGCUCUUCCCCCUGACCUUCGUCCUAUCCAAAGCUGAGUUUCUUCACAAGUUGGUGCCGGUAUUCAGAUGGGGAAUACUGCAGUCUGCUCCUAUGUAG